GUCUCGGCAGCGCGGCUUUGGCGCGCUGCGAUCGCGGGGCUCCUCCGGGGCAUUCUCCCCUGCCGCUUUGGGGCGGGGGGGCGGAGACCGCCCUUCACGUGUCCUUCCCGCGCGUCCACACGACCGGCCCUUCCCGCUGCCGCGCCCCCUCCCCUUCCCCCGGAACAGGGCGUGUGGUCCGGCGGCGGAAGGAGCUCCAGAGCCGCGUCCUCCCGCGGGGUCCAGCGCUGCCCCGCCGCCCGGGUGGCAGCAUGUUCGCGGGCGGGUCUGUGUUCCUGCUUGCCCUGUGCCUGGCUGCGCAUCCCGUCCACGGGGGUGGGAAGACAUUUUAUCAUGGACUCUGUGGGGGUCGUGAUUGUACAGCUGGCUGCAAAUGCCUCCCUGAGAAAGGGGCUCGGGGUCAACCAGGGCCAAUCGGGAACCAAGGACCAAUGGGCAUGGAAGGCUUUACUGGACCAGAGGGCGUGAGAGGACUGAAAGGAGAGAGGGGUGUAACAGGACCUCCAGGUGCAGCUGGAAUGAAGGGAGACAAGGGCCCAAUGGGUGUUCCUGGAUUUCCUGGAAUUUAUGGAGUUCCGGGACACCCUGGCCAGCCGGGUUCCAGAGGUCUUCCUGGUUUGGAUGGCUGUAAUGGUACCAUUGGGAGUCCUGGUACUUCUGGAUCAGAUGGAUUCCCUGGUCCACAAGGACCACUGGGUCGUCCUGGUCCAAAAGGCCCAAAAGGUGAACCUGUUUUUGCCCGAGGAAUUUUUAAAGGAGUGAAGGGAGAAAGAGGUCUUCCUGGACUGGAUGGUGCUAUUGGACCUAAAGGUUUUCUAGGUCGACCAGGCCCUGCUGGUCCCAUUGGACUACCUGGAUUUCCGGGACCACCAGGUUUCCCGGGCCUCCCAGGUCCUGUGGGCAGUAGUGGCCUAGUUUUCCAGGGAGAAACAGGAGAAAAAGGAGAUGUGGGACUUCCAGGACCAGCAGGACCUCCAUCUUCCACAGGGACAGAGGAAUUUGUUGGAUUGUCCAAAGGACAGAAAGGAGCAAAGGGAGUUCCUGGUCCCAAAGGAUUUCCUGGUCCGCAAGGGGUUCCUGGCCGUCCGGGUUUCUGGGGCUUUGGAGAAAAGGGAGAAAAAGGUGUUCCAGGUUUACCAGGACCCAGGGGAGACACGGGAUUGAAGGGGCCUGAUGGAACCCAAGGCCCAAAGGGCGUUCUGGGUGAAUCAGGAUUUCCUGGUUGGGAUGGAUCUCCAGGAGGAAAGGGUGAAUUUGGCGACGUAGGUCCACCAGGCCCUACGAUAAUUGUUGACACAGAAGGUGCCGUCAUAUCAGGUCCUCCUGGAGAACCAGGCACACCAGGAACCCCUGGACUUAGAGGCGAUGAGGGGACUAUUGGUUUGCCGGGAUUUCCCGGCCGACCAGGAUUUCCUCCAACCAUUCCAGGUCCCCCAGGUGUAACAGGAGUACCAGGGAUUCCAGGAUUUAAAGGUGACCGAGGGGACCCAGGAAGGACCACAUUUGGACCCCCAGGCCCACCUGGGAAAGAUGGACCUUCUGGGCUACCGGGAGCAAAAGGGUUACCAGGUGCUUCACAUACAAUACACACAGCAGGUGCGAUCUUUAAUGGAGAACCUGGGGAGCCAGGUAUCCCUGGACCAAGAGGGCCCCCGGGAAUCUUUGGCGCCAAAGGGUAUAAAGGGGAAGGUGGUGAUUGUGCCUGUGAUGGAGGAAUCACAAGAACUGGCUUGCAAGGGGAGACAGGCAGCCCUGGUCAACCUGGAAGACCAGGUGACAUUGGACCAAAAGGAUCCUUGGGGGAUCCAGGAGAUGGUAUACUCGGUCCUCCUGGACCACCGGGUUUCCUAGGUGAAACUGGUUUUCCAGGCAUUAAGGGACAAAAAGGGGAACCAUCUUCAGCCUCAGGCAGAGGACCCCGAGGAGAUCCAGGGAAUGAAGGACUCAGAGGUCCUUCAGGGCAACCCGGAAUUCCUGGUAGGGAUGGUGUGCCAGGUGUCCCAGGUCGACAUGGUCUUCCGGGUGAUGAUGGAUUUGGCUACCCAGGAGACAAAGGUUUCCCUGGAUUACCUGGCCCAAAGGGGAGGCGUGGUGAAAUCGGCUUACCUGGCAUUGGUUUUCCGGGGUCACAGGGGCUUUAUGGACCUGCAGGUGACCCAGGGAUCAGUGGUUCUGCAGGACAACCUGGACUUCCAGGGCUGCCAGGUGAUUGCUGCUGCGGUGAGGAGGUUGGUAACGGAGACUUAGACGCUCAGGGAGGAGAAAUGUUGCCUUGCAUAAUCCCUGGAAUUGUUGGUUCACCCGGACUUCCUGGACCUUCAGGAUUUCCAGGUUCCAAGGGGAGCAAAGGACUUCCUGGUUUUCCAGGGCAGCCAGGUUUAAAUGGCUUAAAAGGAGAACUGGGCACACCUGGAUUGGCUACAUUCCCAGGAAUGCCAGGCUUUCCUGGCCCUCGUGGAGAUCCAGGCUCUAAAGGACUACCAGGGGUUGAUGGGUCAGAUGGGUUGCCUGGCAGUGAAGGCUGUCCUGGUUUGAUGGGCACAAAGGGAUCUCCGGGAGAUGUGUUGGGAGCUGAACGAGGACCCCAAGGGGAACCUGGGCUACCUGGCUUACCAGGAGAUAAAGGUUUUUCUGGAGAUUUUGGCCUUCCUGGACCAGAAGGUUUGGAUGGAAGGCCUGGUCUGCCAGGCAGAAAAGGAGGACGUGGGGAACCAGGUCUUCCAGGCUUUGAUGGACCGCCAGGACCACCAGGGCCCGGAGGUCCAUUUGGCAUCGAAGGAAAACCAGGUCCGAGGGGAGCAAUUGGCUUUCUGGGAUCACCAGGGCUUCCUGGAGCCAAAGGCCCAAGAGGUGAUGCUGGUUCCCCAGCUCCUGCUGGCAUGAAAGGGUUCCCAGGUCCUGAUGGUCUGCCGGGACAGCCUGGAGAAAGAGGAUUGCCUGGACCUCCAGGCCCCUGGGGCCUAGAAGGAAGCUUGGGGUUUCCGGGCUCAAAAGGUGAAAAGGGUUCAGUGGGCAUGAUUGGUUUUCCUGGAAUGCCAGGCCGACCGGGGCUCCCUGGUGUGAAUGGCCUGAAAGGAACUUCUGGUGCACCAGGAAGAAAUGGAAACCCUGGGUUUUCUGGCUUCCCUGGCCUCAAAGGAGACAGAGGUGUUCGGGGUCCUCCUGGUCCUCCCAUUUUCAGGCCCCCAACUCUGGCCCUCAGAUUCAAAGGGAACAGAGGAGAUCCUGGACCAGUUGGACAGAGUGGAUUUCCAGGGCCAAGAGGGGAGAAAGGAGCCCCAGGUCGCCACGGGCAACCUGGGCUUCCAGGAAGAGCUGGGUCACCCGCUAGAGAGAAAGGACUUCCAGGAGACCGGGGUUUUCCAGGAACGUUUGGCCCUCCUGGGUUAUUGGGACAGAAGGGAUUUGGUGGCAUCUCAGGCUUUCCUGGAAUGCCUGGAGGAAGGGGCGCUGAUGGUAUACCAGGCUUGCCUGGGUCCCCAGGAAUGAUGGGAUCGCGUGGUCCAAAAGGUGACCGAGGGGAAUCGCGAGGAGUCCCUGGUGGUGUGGGACCUAAGGGCCAACGAGGGGACCGUGGGCUUCCAGGUAUAAGAGGUGUCCAAGGAGCAAAAGGUGACCCAGGUUACCCAGGAGGUCUUGGGCUAAAAGGGCAGAAAGGUAUGGCGGGGAACCCUGGACAAGAAGGACCACCAGGCUUCCCUGGAGCUGGUGGUUCGAGGGGCAACCCAGGUCGUCCAGGUAAUCCUGGGCAGCGUGGACCUCCAGGAUUUGCUGGAUCUCCUGGCAUUCCAGGACUAAAAGGAUUCCCAGGAAUUCCAGGACUGCCUGGUCUAAAUGGCUUACCAGGCACUAAAGGCUCACCUGGAAAACAAGGCCUGAGUGAAAAUGGACUUCCUGGACCAGCAGGGCUUCCAGGUGUCAAAGGACAACGAGGUGACCCCGGCUUCCAGAUUGGAGCUCCAGGUCUUCGUGGGCAAAAAGGACUUGCAGGAGAAAUGGGUGCCCCUGGAAGCCCGGGUCUCACUGGUUUGCAAGGGCCCCCUGGCACCUCUCUGCCUUCAACGAUUCCUGGGAGGCCUGGUGAUGCUGGACCUCCUGGAGAAGAUGGACUGCAAGGCUUCCAAGGACCUCCUGGGCCACAAGGACCACCAGGCCCAGCCUUCAAUCAAGGCGAUCGAGGUAAUCCAGGCUUCACCGGUUCUCCUGGUUUCCCAGGCCCCAAAGGUGAUGCAGGCAUCCCUGGACUUAGUGGAGUCCCUGGUGCCUCAGGUUUCAAAGGAUUCAGAGGUGACCCAGGUUUCAUGGGAAUGCCCGGGAAAGAUGGACCUGUGGGUGAUCCAGGUUCUCCUGGUCCAAAAGGUGCAACAGGCCUUCCAGGUUUCCCUGGGCUGCAAGGAGCUCCAGGUUCAACCCAAAUAGCAAAAGAAAUCAAAGUUCCUCCUGGCAUAAUAGGAUUUCCUGGAAUUGAUGGCAUCCCUGGUUUAAAUGGAGAUCCUGGCUUCCAGGGGCAAACUGGACCACAAGGUCACAAAGGAAAGGCAGGCACACCUGGCCAGGUGGGAAUCAAUGGCUUUCCAGGCUCUCCAGGAAUGGCAGGAGACCCAGGAAAUACAGGAAAUCCAGGGCUACCAGGAUUUGAAGGACCACCUGGGAAUCCGGGUCCAGCUGGGUUGCCUGGAAUGCCAGGUCGCAGCAUUGGGGUUGGCUAUACCUUGGUGAAACACAGCCAGUCGGAGCAGAUCCCGCCCUGCCCGGUGGGCAUGAACAAACUCUGGGAAGGCUACAGCUUGCUGUAUGUGGAGGGCCAGGAGAAGUCCCACAAUCAAGAUCUGGGUUUCGCUGGGUCCUGCCUGCCUCGCUUUAGUACCAUGCCGUUUAUUUACUGCAACAUCAAUGAAGUCUGCUACUAUGCCAGCCGCAAUGAUAAAUCGUAUUGGCUUUCCACCACCGCUCCUAUUCCCAUGAUGCCCGUCAGUAGCUAUCAGAUCGCCCAGUACAUCAGUCGCUGCUCGGUGUGUGAAGUGCCCUCCCAAGCUGUCGCGGUCCACAGCCAGGACAUCACCAUCCCACAGUGCCCUGAAGGCUGGCGCAGUCUCUGGAUCGGGUACUCCUUCCUCAUGCACACCGCUGCCGAAGGGGGCGGCCAGUCCCUCGUCUCCCCUGGAUCUUGCCUAGAGGACUUUCGCGCAACUCCUUUCAUUGAAUGCAACGGUGCCCGAGGAACGUGCCACUACUUUUCCAACAAGUACAGCUUUUGGCUGACUACGGUGGAGCCGACCCAUCAGUUUGCAGACUUUCCCAUCUCGGAAACGCUGAAAGCGGGACAGCUUCGGACACGGGUGGGACGGUGCCAAGUCUGCAUGAAAAAUUUGUAGCAAAGGUCCUAAUGUCAGACCUUAUUUCUUUAAGACCAAGAAAUUAGCAUUCGUGCCCAGCUGGGUAACUGAUGUCUCCCCAAAUCUCCCCAGAGCCCUCUGUCUACAGGUAAUCCUUGCUUAACGACCACAAUUGGAACCGGAAUUUCAGUUGCUAAGUGAAGCGGUCAUUAAGUGAAUCCAACCCAAUUUUACAACCUCUUUUGCAACAGUUGUUAAGCAAAUCAUUGUGGUUGUUAAACGACCCACACGGUUCCCCAUUGAUUUUGCUUGCCAGAAGCCAGCUGGGAAGGUUGAAAAUGGUGAUCACGUGACCACAGGGCACUGUGAUGGUCAUAAAUGCAAACCAGUUGCCAAGUGCCCAAAUCAUGAUCACAUGACCAUGGGGAGUUGUAAGUGUGAGGACUAGUCACAAGUCAGUUUUGCCAGCACCUCAGUAAGUCUGAACCAUCACUAAACAAAUGGUCAUUAAGCAAGGACUACUUGUAUAUCGAAAUAUGGUGCUAUCUUUUCCCCUUGUUUUUAUCUUCCUGGCUACCUCAGAAAAUCUUUUUCUGCCCUCCCAACUGCUACAUUAUCUUGGCUUUUGAUGUACUAAACUGUUUUUCGUCAGAUCUUGAGCAAAGUUUCUUCUCAAGACUUUGAUCGUAAGGUCUUCUUCCCGUGUUAAGGAUUUAAGACAUGUCAGGAAUUUCACAAAUGUUUUUGCCUGCAUGCACACACCUCUUCUAAUUAUGUUACUCAUUGAUUUUCAGCCUAUGUUAACUGCUUAUUUUAGGCCUAAAAAAAAAAACCACCACCAUACUUGGCUGCCUAGAGGUGAUUCCGUUUUUCUAUUGCAAGUGGCAUGAUGGGGUCUGAAAGCUCAGGUUCAUGGAGCAGGUACAGUGUCUAUAUUGCUCAAAGGCUGUCUGGCACACUAUUAAACAGUGAAGUGACAAUAAAUAAAUAAAAUAAAAUAAAAUAUAAAAAAUAAAAAUAAAAUAAAAAAGCCUGUUAGGAAAAGAAAAUAUUGGGAUUUUUAAUCCGUAACAUGAGGAGGAGGCCUACAAGUGUUGACAUAGCAUCAACUUGAGGAAUUUUUAUGGUGCUGAUGCAGUUUUAUUUCACCCGCUUGAAUGUUAAUCUACCUGUGUCAUGUUUUCAUGGGAAUGUGUCUGAACCAUCUUUCAGCUUGUUCGCUAGUGUGCUGUGGUAGCCUUCUCUUGUUGUGUUCAGUGGUGCAAUUCACAGGCCCCUUGAACAUGACACAUCUUGGCUCAGAGGCCAAGGUAUUGUUUGAGCAUUUGUCUGGCAAGACAGUGCCUUCCUUUCUGUGCUGGGACAUCUGAAUGCUUUCUGGGCUCAUCAGUCAUCGUUCUAUGUAGCAUCCAGACUGAGAAACUAUCUGGGUAGCAAACCAACGUCAAAUAAUGGUUGAAAUUUUUAAUUUGUUCCACUCGGAUAACAAUCGUCCCUUGGCUUGGUCAGAGCUACGGUUAGUUAACCAACAGAGAAUCCUUCAGGUCUGGUGGAGUGAGGAGGGAAGAGAAUAGCCCAGAGGUCCAUCACUUAAGUUCACCAAUAGAAAUUAGAUGUAGACCUGACCAUGGUGGACUAGGGAGCAAUUGAACAUAUUAGAUAAUUUCCCAAAGAAAAAUUAAAAAUUGCUAAGUAGAAAAAGCUGGGGUGCGUCUCCUGCCAAUCUGGGCUACAAUUCAGCUGGCUAAGAAUGCUGAAAAUAGCAAAGACUUCGUCUAUGUCUCAUCAGUUAUCCUGGUAUUCUAGCCAAGUGGAUAUAGAUUAGUAAAUUGGUAUGUUUCAUAGUUUCUGACAGAGCAUAAUUCUGUGCUGCUUUGAUUCUUUGUUCCUAACUGCAUGGCCGAGCCUUGAUCUACUAUCUGUGUCUUUGUUCACUUGCUUGAGUCGGCCCUGCUUCAAUUUUUGACUCCUUUGGUUCUACAGUGUAUCGUCUGUUUUGCCCAGUUUUCUACAAGCUGCUUUUAUGGCCUCAGCCCAUGUUUGUUUCCAUCUGGAAGAUGGGUAAACGCUAUCACCUUUAAGAAUAUCUCCUUAAUUCCUUAAUGAUAUACUGAUAUUUGUGUGUUACAAAUGCUCUUGGACUUCAUACAACCAUGAUAUGUUGAUCUGUAAAUUGUCUCAAAUUACAUAUGGUGGCAGACAGCUUUCAAGUUUAUAUAACAGCCCACUACUCCAUCACUUGUAAUGAGUGUACAAGAUGGAGCAACAGUUCACUAGUCCUUGACGAAAAUAGUUUCGAACAUCAUCACUUCCUCUGACUCUGUGCUGUAAUUGUACAUAAAAUGAGAAAAGUCACCUGUUUUAUUCUGUUGCACUUCACUAGAUUUCAUUUCUACAAUAAUAUUGUUUGCCUUAAUUUUUCGAGGUAGCCUUGGAAUUGCUGGUGCUUAAAAUAAUUAAUAUACUACUAAAUAGGUUAGUUUUAUGUUACCGUAAGACUAAGUAGAAGUUGGAUGAACUGACUCUUCUGCCAAUAUUAUUGUUUUCUUGAUUUUACUUUUGCUGAUCUUUCAUUUUGUAAUGCACUGCUGAAAGUAUUUUCAGAGCACUGACUAUAUUUUGACUUACUUUUUUUUCUAAGAAGCGGAAAAACACAGCAUGUCCAUUUUGUGAGUUAUAUUCCAUCCCUCCUUAUAAUAACCCCCUCCAGACACAUACUUGAUUUAAGUUGUAAAGUGAGUUUGAACUAAACCUAUGGGAUCAUAGAAUUGUGGAGCUGGAAAAAGCCACAAGGAUCAUGUAGCCCAACCUUCUUCAGUGGCCAGAAAGAUCAAUUAAACCAUCAGCAGGAGUUGGUUGCCCAUCCUCUUAAAACCCCCCAGUACUUUUAGGCCUUGGUCAAAGGAGAGGGCAGUUUUCACAUAGAAGAUGUUCAGGUUUAAAGAGAAUUCAAAAGAAAUUUUAGUAUGCUUAAAACAGAAAUGGUGCUGAAGAGUGAAGCCCAGCUUCCACAUAAUGUGAGAUUAAUUGGUACCGCUUCGGCGGGAAGGUAACGGCGUUCCGUGAGUCAUGCUGGCCACAUGACCCGGAAGUGUCCUAUGGACAACGCCGGCUCCAAGGCUUUGAAACGGAGAUGAGCACCGCCCCCUAGAGUCGGACUCGACUGGACUUUACGUCAAGGGAAACCUUUACCUUUUUAGGGGAAAGUAUCAGCAGAUGCCGUGUUAGUUUUCAGACUUUUCUUUGGUGUUUGUUCCCAGGUAAACCUCCCUCUCUCUUGGGUUGCAUCAAACAGGGGAACGAAAAAGAUCCCCAUAACCAUACUGUAGUUUGUUUGUUUUCGCCCCUUAAAAAAAAUCAGCUAUUUAAAAGCUCAUGAAUAAUGCUCUACUAGUGCUGUCUUCUGCCCUCAAUUAUAUUAAUUCCUCUCAAAUAUACAGGUAAUGACCUUUUUUUUUUUUUUUUUAAGAAAUCAUGCUUCAAAAGAAUUCUGCAAUCCUUCGCAAGUUCCGUAUUUUGAAAGUACAGGUAGUCCUUGCUUAAUGACUGCAAUUGGGACCAGAAUUUCAGUCGCUAAGCAAUGCAGUUGUUAAGCAAAUCUGACCUGAUUUUAUGACCAUUUUUGUGGUGGUCAUUAAGAGAAUCACAUAGUCAUUAAAUGAACCAUGUGGUCUUUAAGAGAAUUGUGUGGUUCCCCAUUGAUUUUGCUUGCCGGAAGCCAGCUGGGAAGGUCGAAAAUGGAGACCACAUGACUGCGGGACACUGCAACGGUUGUAAGUGUGGGGACUGGACAGAAGUCAGUUUUUUCCACCGCUGUUGUAAGUCUGAACUGUCACUAAAUGAAUGGUCAUUAAGUGAGGACUACAUGUAACAUUAAAAGUCCAGUAACACCUUGGUGCGCCACUUGAGGGAUGAUGUAGUUAUGCAAAAUGCUGCUGAGAAUUAUGGAUGUAGUGGUCAAACACCACUGCAGAGCAGUAGGGUUGAAGAAUAAAUGCAAACUCCACCAAUGAAGCAUCUAAUUCUGCAUCUAACAGAGGUACUAGCUAACACAAUUUUUUAAUCUGCCGGUGUGGUGAUGGUUAAUGUUACUGGCCACAUGAUGUGGAGCGAUUAUGACCUAUGCGUGACCACAUCAGG